AUGAAGAGGUACAGUAACGGGGCGAUGUGGGACUCUAAUGAGGAUGGAAUUCCGGUGAUCGACGGGGGGGACGGGGUCGUCCUCGGAGUCGAUGGGGGUACGACGUCUACAAUUUGCGUUUGCUUAGCCGCGUCCGCUGUUUUCCCUGACGGCGGCCUCCUGGCAGAUCCGUCGCCGGUGCUGGCCCGCGCCGUCGCCGGCUGCUCCAACCACAACUCUGUGGGAGGUAAUAGAGAUGAUUUGGGAUUUCAUAGUAAGGAGAACUGAGAGCUACAAUGCAUUUCUGCUAAUGGCUUAAUGCUGUAUGUCCCUGAUCUUACAUGACUACGACCUUCCCUCACGUUUGACUUUUGAUUAUUGGCCAAUGCUUGUGCAGAAAUGGCCGAUUUCAUUGUCUAUUUCACCGAAUCUUGUUUUUUCCACAACAUUAUGUUUGCAUCUAUCCUGGUUUUGUUUCCUCACAUGCCAUGUGGCUUUCUUCGUUGACAUGUUCUUGAUCUUUUUAUCUGUUUUCUUCUUCGGAGAAUUUGGAUUCCCCUGUAAUUUAUGAACAUGUCGUGCUUUUUUCUCUUCGAUCUCCCAAUUGGAAAAUUCUCCCUUUUCCAUACAAGCGGGUACUUAUUUUUUUCUCUUGGUUGUAGAUGCUUUGAAUAGAUGAAUUAGUGUUAUUUCUGCCCUUUCCGGAUCCUAUCGUUAUUCUUUCAAUGUUAAUUUCAGUUUUGAUUUGAAAGGGUGGUAUGCUUUCGUGAAUUGGCGAACUUUUCACUACUCCAUUGUCCGGUUUAGGCGUGGAUCAUACUAUUACUGCUGUUCUCUUUAACCCUGCUUUAGUUCUGUUGACUUCGCUAGUUCAUUGUUUCUUUCCGUUUUGGGAUCAUUAUGUGCUUGGUCAUUUGCAUGAUCUCUUGCAUGUAUAUGAGUUAGAAAUCUACUUAAGAUUGGACUUCUGCCUGUAUCUUUUUUUUUUAAUGAAAGUUCCUAUUAGUUAUCUAACUGUAUCUUUUGCACAUCUAUGCUUAGUUGAAUUUAUGUAGACAUUGAGCAGAUCUGAAGACUGCCUCUGUAUGGUACUCUGCAGAAGUUGCCGCCAGGGAGACACUAGAACAGGUCAUGUCUGAGGCCCUUCACAAGUCCGGCCGCAGCCAUUCUGCUGUGAAAGCAGUUUGCCUUGCUGUAUCAGGCGUGAACCAUCCUACCGAUCAACAAAGGGUUGUGGAUUGGCUCAGGUUUCUUGCUCUUAUUUUUUCAUGGGUUUUAGAUGUUGAUAUCCCCUGAUCUUACAGUGUUUAUGUGUCUUGGCAAAAAUCUUUGAAUUAUUAACAUAUUAUUUUGCCUUUUGUUGCCAAGAGGUUGAAAAAGUCCUUCCUACCCCAACCAAGUACUGGAAGGAUUACUUUUCAGUCAGUUUGGUAACCAAUUGUGGCCGUCAAUUGCCAAUAAAAUAAUACUUUAUAUCUCACAUGCGUUCCUCUAGAUUAUUUGUUUAGGUUUCUGGUGUCUCGACUUUCCUUUUUUGAGAAAGUACAAUCAAUAAUAAACUACAUAAACUAGGUAGUUAGAAAAAAUAAAGCCACAAAGAACACUAUCGGAUGCUUUAGUUCUGAAUGUUUUAUGAUUCAUAGUUUCAUAAAUAACGACUGCUCAACUUGUUGAUUUUAAGUCAGCGCGCUUAAUUUUAAUUUUUCAUUCAAUUUGCUCGGUGUAAGUACUUGAAAUAUUAACAAUGUUGCCUUCAUUUCAAGUGGUCUCGUCUCUUAGGCCAAAUAUUAUAUCAUCUUCAGAAUGUCAUAACUUAGCUUAAUAUUUCUGGGCCAUCUUCUCGUUGCUAACAUCUAUCUCUAUCAAUUCUGCUGCGGGUAUUUUUUUUUAUCUCUGAAUCUUUGGCUCCCAUCUUGCUUCUCUCAGAAAUUUAUUUCCUGGUCGUGCGAACCAGACCACUCGUUAUUUAUGAAACUAACAAGAGAAAAUUGACUAAUCAUAACACAUUCAUCAUGCAAGCACCCACCCCAUACAUUGUAUUUCGUCAUCAGAAGGCUUCUAUUUUGAGGAUUAAUCUCCUUGUUCAUAGUAUUUAUUUAUAAAAAUCCUACUGCUGGUAUUUUGUUUUUUUCUGAACAUGUGGCAUCCAUCUUGCUUCUCUCAGAAAUGUAUUUCCAAGCCAUGUGAAGCUCUUUGUGGAGAAUGAUGCUGUGGCAGCUUUGGCCAGUGGGACUAUGGGAAAGCUCCAUGGCUGUGUCCUGAUUGCAGGCACAGGCUCCAUUUCCUAUGGAUCCACGGAAGAUGGAAGGGAAGCCCGAGCAGCUGGUGCUGGUCCCAUCCUGGGUGAUUGGGGAAGGUUAGCAUUCUCAACUCUUUUCCGUGCAAGUCGGCCAAUUAUUCGUAGUUAAUCUCAAGCACUGCUGCAAGUCGUGUCCAUAUUUCCUCCCAGAACUUUUUAUAGUUGUCAUAUCUUCUUUCCCCUUAUUUCACAACCUGCACACCACGUCUAUCUCCAUACUCUCGUGGUAAAAAAAAUUCAACGAACCCUUGCUAUUCCUAAAAGUCAAGCUCUCCUUAUCCUCAAAUGGCUGCAAACCUAUGAAAAUGAGGUUCGGAUUGGGGCGCACACAUGGAAUGAUACUGCUAUAUUUUUAUUUAUUUAUUAUAAAUGCAGAAAUUAUUCUCCUUUUUUUUAGGUGGUAGUUAGCAUAGGAGGGCUAUAUGUAAUCCAAUACAAUGCAAAGCAAUCAUGUAUUUAAAUCUUUACUGUAGUAUCAAUUGACAGUCUCAGACAAAAUACAUGAUUGCAGUGGAUAUGGAAUUGCUGCACAAGCAUUGACAGCAGUGAUGAGGGCACAUGAUGGUCGUGGACCUGAAACUAGACUUACCCAGGACAUCCUCUGCGAGCUCGGGCUUGGAUCUCCAGAAGAACUAAUUGGGUAUGUGUGCAGUAAUUUCCAUUGUACGACACUCAAUUAGGAAUUCGUUUUUCUUUUCGGGGGAGACAUUAUUUCCUGUCCAGAUUCCUCUUUUGGACUUUGUCUUCAAGUUUUAUUGGGCCCCAAGAAGAUCUUCCUCUAGACUUUCUGGUUCCAACCAACUGCAGGAGUUGUGUAUCGUGACAAGACUCUCAUAGGAAUAGAAGUUGUUUCGUCAAAAAUAACACCUACUGCUGAUUUUAAUCUGGGUUAGGUGGACCUACGCCGAUCCUUCUUGGGCUCGAAUCGCAGCUCUCGUUCCAGUGGUGGUAUCUUCUGCCGAGGCAGGGGAUCCAGUGGCUGACAAGAUAUUGCAGAACGCUGUGGUAGAGUUGGCUGCCAGUGUAAGAGCUGUUGUCCAAAGACUUGGACUAUGUGGAAGAGGUGCGAUCGGCCUGCUGCAAUCUGAGACUUCCUCUAACAAGAUUUAUUGCUCGUAUUUGGUAAUUUUUUUCUUAUAUGGUUGAUGCUUGAGAUAGAUAUUUUCCUGCAGAUGGAAAGGGCUCUUUCCCACUUGUCCUGGUCGGUGGUAUUCUUGAAGCCAACAGGAGGUGGGAUAUUGGGAGAGAAGUUUUAAACCAUGUGACCAAGGACUUCCCUGGAGCACAUCCAAUCAGACCAAAGGUCGGCCCAUUCAGCCUCAAAAAUAAUUUAUUCAAUGGCAGCCCCCUUUUUUUUUUGUUAAUGUUCACAAGAUCACUGUAAAAAGAUAAGGUGGGUUUUAUUCUGCAUAAUUCAUCUCAAAACCUAGAGCAAGAAUAUGGUCAUUCUGGUGAAGAAGUAUGGGCAGGUCUUUGGAGUUGCAGGGAGAAGGAGAGGAGGGUGUGAGUUAUAUUUAUGGUUGUUAAUGGGCCGAAAGUUGCCCUUAUAAUUUUCGCAAUAACUCACUUUAAAAAAUAUUAUCGAGUGAUUUAAAUAACUCACUUAUAAAUUGCUCCAUGGGUUUGCUUCACUCUUCUCAAGUACAUUGAAAUCUGAUCCAAUUCCCUCCUUAACAGAUAUACUUUUUUUCUUUUUUGUAACCUAUGCCUAACAACUCCACCAUAGUUCUUCCUUCUCCCUUCUUAAAAUUCUUAGAACUAAUCAUUCGAUUCGAUUAGCAGCCCAUUUAUGUAUAAAUCUUCUUUUAGCUGUCAAAGUUUACAUGGUGCUCUGCAUGCUUCUCGAUCUAUAUGAUUCUUCCUCCGAGAACACACCUACAGAUCACAAUUUUGUCCUCUUCAUUAGGUGGAGCCGGCUGUCGGGGCAGCAUUACUGGCGUGGAACUCUGUCAGAGGAGACUAA